CCUCUAUCUAAAUCUGUCAAGUUUGACUCAAAUCCACGACUGAACGACUCCAACCAACCCGGAACUUUUAAGACAACUAAUCAUCCCUGAAAACUUAUUGCAAGGAGUUUCCUCCUGGUUUUCCGAGCGGUUCAAAUGUUUCUCUAAGAAAACUAAUUACUGCGGACUGAGUUAGGUCCUUCUGAGGGGAAAGAAAGACAGUUGCAAAUGUUUCUCGCUCCGACUGCGGCGGUUCCUGCAGGACAGUAACGUUAGCCCUCGACUUGUCUUUUCAAACCAGCUAGUGAGUGGUGGAGUUAAUAGGUGCCAACAUGCCACAACAAAAGGACAUAGUGAAGAUAGCCAUCCAGAUGCCUGGGGCCUACCCCCAGCUCAUACAACUGGACCAGAAAAAGCCGCUGUCUGCUGUAAUAAAGGAGGUGUGUGAUGGCUGGAAUCUCCCCGGUCCUGACAACUACGCUCUGCAGUAUGCUGAUGGAGUGCAGACAUACAUCACUGAAUCGAAUCGUCUGGACAUUAAGAACGGCUGCAUUCUACGUCUGACCAAGGCACCGGGCCGCUGUGCAGAAGACUUGUACAAGGGCAUCCAGAGCUCGGACGCGGGUGUGCGCUGCGAUUCACUGAAGGAACUUGCGAGCGUUUCCACAGACGUGACCUUUGCUCAGGAGUUCAUCAGCCGAGACGGACACCUCUUAUUGGUCAAGAUAGUAGAGGACUCUAAUGAGAGUAAUGUGAUCAUGUCCCACACACUGACAGGCUUCAUGGAACUGAUGGAUCAUGGGAUAGUUUCAUGGGAGAACCUCUCGUCUGUCUUCAUCAAGAAGAUUGCCAGCUUAGUCAACGCCAAGCCGACCGAUGCAUCAAUACAGCAGGUGUCCUUGGACAUCCUGGAGAGCAUGGUGCUGAGCAGCCACAGCCUCUUCUUGCAGGUGAAACAGGAAGUCACUAUGGAGAGGCUCAUCGCUCACCUCCAGGUGACGAACCAGCAGAUCCAGACCAAAGCCAUGGCCCUCCUUAUGGCACUACUACAAACAGCCGGGGACUCAGACAGACAGGAUAUGUUUGCGUUCCUGAAUAAGAAGAAUCUCCGUCAGUACAUUUAUAAAAACAUCAUCCAUAGUUCUGGUUCAGUCCAGGACGAGAUGGCCCACUACCUCUAUGUCCUACAGUCAGUUACCUUGAAUCACCUGGAGCCUCGCAUGAGGACGCCUCUGGACUGUUACAACCAGGAGCAGAGAGAAAUCCUUCAUGGUUUGCGGCAGGCAGCGUUUGAGACAGAAAGCGAGAACAGUCUGAGCCACGAGAGACGACGUUCGCUCUGUGCCAAAGAGUUCAAGAAGUUAGGCUUCUCUAACAACAGUAACCCUGGUCAGGACUUGGUGCGAACGCCUCCUGGUCUUCUAGCUUUGGACACCAUGUUUUAUUUUGCCGCACGCUAUCCUGACGCCUACAGCAGGUUUGUCCUGGAGAACAGCAGUAGGGAAGACAAACAUGAGUGUCCAUUUGCCAGGAGCAGCAUCCAGCUCACACUCAUCCUGUGUGAAAUCCUUCGUAUCGGAGAGCCCCCCUCAGAGACAAGAUCUGAUUAUCACCCCAUCUUCUUCAGUCAGGAUCGACUGAUGGAGGAGCUUUUCUGUGUCUGCAUUCAGCUGGUUAACAAGACCUGGAAGGAGAUGAGAGCCACACAGGAGGACUUUGACAAGGUAAUGCAGGUGGUGAGGGAGCAGAUCACCAGGACGUUGUCCAGUAAGCCGACCUCCCUGGAGCUCUUCAAGAACAAAGUUAAUGCUCUCAACUACAGCGAGAUCCUCAAACUGCGGCAGACAGAGCGGCUGCACCAAGAAGAGACUCUUGCUCCACCCGUACUUGAGCUCAAAGAGCGCCUGAAGCCAGAGCUGCUUGAGUUGAUCCGCCAGCAGAGACUAAACAGGCUGUGUCAAGGAACAAUGUUCAGGAAGAUUAGCAGCCGACGUAGACAGGAUAAACUGUGGUACUGCCGCCUGUCACCCAAUCACAAAAUGCUUCACUACGGUGAUGUGGAGGAAGACAUGGACAAUCCACCAAUUGAAACACUGCAAGAGAAGAUUCCUGUAGCAGAUAUCAAAGGCUUGCUGACGGGAAAAGACUGUCCUCACAUGAAGGAGAACAAAGGCAAACAGAACAAGGAGGUGCUGGACCUGGCAUUUAGCAUCACGUAUGAUGUAGAAGAGUACAGCCUGAACUUCAUUGCCCCUUCCAGAACCGAUUUCUGCCUGUGGACAGAUGGACUGAGCGUUCUCCUGGGUCGGGAGAUGAGUAGUGAAUCCAUGCGCAGCGAGCUGGAGAUCCUCCUCUCUAUGGAGAUUAAGCUCCGCCUCCUGGACCUUGAGAACGUUCCCAUCCCCGACAGUGCGCCGGUCGUCCCCAAACCACCGAGCAACUACAACUUCUGCUACGACUUCAGCCAGACUGAGCAGUAGAGUGUGGGCAUUCACUGGAGUGCAACUAGGACGUGCGAAUGUGUAAAUAUAUACUGUAUGUGUGUAUGUCUAAAAUAAGAGGUGUGUGUGUGGCGAGAUCUUACUUGUGCAUCCAUGCACUUAUUCCUAUAACACAGAUUUAUAACCUUGACAUUAGAUUCUUCUUCUGUGGCCUGGUGUUCUACAUCCAAGUGAAACAAUGAGCAGGAGAAAACCUGUGGAAAGUGACUUUGCCUUUAAACUACAGUAGUUGUUGUGGGUGUGAACUGAUAUCAAAUGGCUAUUGACUGUACUAAUGCUCCACAUUAUCGCUCCUCAUCUGGGAGAGAAAUAAUUUCAGUUCGUCUUACCAUUCAUGAUUCCUCCUCAGCUGUCUGGAAACUUCGACACGGCCCCAAAAACAACAGAGACUUGGAAAAAUGAGAUUCUUCUUAUACAAUACAGCCACUCGAGUAAUGGUACUUUAAUUUUGUCUUGUAAUCAUUUUAUAUUCCUAAAUAUAUCUAAAACUAUGUGUGAUACAUGGAAUAUUCCUGAGGUUUACUGGUUGAGGCUAGAGAUGCUUCGAUCUUUGGUCCCAAAAUGCUGGUGUUGCUCAUUUCUGUUAAAUUCUUGUAUUUUCUUUUCUGUUGCUUUUUUUAAAUGGGCAUAAGAUGUGGUACACAUUAGACUCAUUUCCAACAUAUGAAAGACAAAUACUUGUUUUCAGUGUCUGACAAUGUUUUUAAAUAUAGCUAUAGGUACUCGCCUUUGUACAGAUCCCAGUGGCUCAGUAGGAUUACUGUGGAGCAGAGAUGCUCUGAAAGCUCUGUACAACUUAUUUUUUUUUAUAGUGAUGCAGAUCUGCAUUAGGUACCAAGCUGACUUUUUUUUUGUAACAAGUUUUAUAUCCAAUCAGCAAUGAUCCCAGUAGAUCUGUAUGAAACAGUAUGCAAUCAGUGAUCUUGGAUCAAAUCCUGAAUUAAUUCUAAAACUGAUCAAUUUUAUACACGGUACUUAUUAUACCAUGAUGGAGGCAACACGCUCUCACUCUCCAAGCACUCAGUGGUGACACUUGAGCUUCAGCUACACAAGAACUGACACAUACCUAUAUUAUAUCACAGUGUGUUUGAGUGUUUUCUCUCCUUUGAUUAUUUUUUUUCAUCAUGCAUCAUGUUAUUUCGUUUCAGCACCGUCUCGACUGUCCUCUGCAGUGCAUUCCUGACACACUACCCUCUGUGAUCACUAUCGCUUUGAAUCAUGAGCUUUGGUUGACUUCACAUGAAUAAACAGUUUGAUUUAUACUGAGAAAAAAA